AUGCAGUACAAGACUCUUGCUACCCUUCUUUUCGCUACCGCGGCUAUUGCUGCUCCCAAGCCGGAAGACCCUACCGUUACCGAACUCGAUUCCGACCAGAUCCCCUCUGCAAUUGAAUCACUCCUCAUGACUGCCGUUCCCUCAACCUGGAUCAACGAGUUCUACACCAAUGCGGAUUUCCGAAUGUCCGAGAUCAGCGCAAUGCAAAAAGGCGACUAUCCUGAAUGGGUUACCAGCCUCCCCUCGUCUGCGGAGGCAUAUGUCACCUCUGAAAUCCAAGUAGAGAUCUCCGAGUACACCAGCAUGACGGCUGCUAUGUCCACCGAUAAUAUCUUCACUUUCUCCGGUAGCUCUUCCGGGUCCUCUACUCCCGUCACCAUGACCACCAGCGGUACACAGACUACAAGCGGUGCAAGCUCCACCGGAUCCUCCUCGGAUACCACUUCAUCUGGAGCCUCUUCCACGGAUGCUGCCUCGUCUGGAGCCUCGUCCUCGGGUGCGUCUUCCUCGGGCGCCGCGACCAGUACCUCCACCGCCGGUGCUGCCGCGGCUACUGGUAAUCUGGCCAUGAGCUUUGCCGGCGCGGCAGGCAUUCUGGGUGUUGCCCUUGCUCUGUGA